CAGCCGCAUUAUUCUGAAUGCCCGCCGCAUGAGCCUGGACGUCCCCCCCCCCGCCACCACGGAAGAGGUGGGGCCCUGCCUGAGCACGCUCUCGGUCAAGGCCUUGAAACUCGUCUACGACUUGUCCCCCGACUCGGGGACGGAGCGCUUGGUCUCCUUCCUGGACCUUUGCUCCUCAUUCCGCGUCCUUCCCUUGCACCUGCUGGACUUGGCAUCCCCGGAGGCCCUGGUCUUCUUCCUCAACAUCUACCACACGCUCCUGCAGCAUGCCCUCCUCCUGCUCGGGCCACCCUCAUCCAAAGACUGGUCGGCUUUCUUUACCAAUGUCUCCUACGAAAUGGGCAAUGACGUCUUCUCCCUGACCGAGUUGGAGCACUGCGUGUUGCGGGGGCACCUAGCCCGUCCUCGCUCGGUCCCUCGGCACAUGCCUUCCCCCCCACCCCUGGACGACGACCACUACCUCUACGCCCUGAGUAAGACCAACUUCCGCAUCAAUUUCGCCCUCGUCAACGGCAGCCUCUCAGCGCCUCCUUUCGUCACCGUCUUCCAGGCCGGGCAUCUGAAUGAGCAGCUCAACAGGGCCAGCGUCCGUUUCAUAGACCACACUGUGAGGAUGGAUGGAAAGAAGCGCUUGUUGGUGCUUCCUAAGGUAUGCGACAUUUACAGAGCUGACUUUUCCGCGGCAAAAACAGGGAGAGAAACCAUGAAAGUAUGCCUGCGCUUCCUAGAAAGGGCCAAAUGGGAACGAAUUUCUUGGUUAAUGGCCGGGGCCAAGGCUCCUUCCGUGAAAUAUUCCUCUAUGAGGGCAAAGUGUCACGAAACGCUUUGCUUGAUUGAGGAUAAGCUGACCACCCCUCGAAAUGCGGUGAUAACAUCAAUCGGAAACGGUGCGAUACAAGCCACAACACCACUGUUGGAGUCGAACAAAGUAGCAUCCCCUCCCAUUCCUGAGCCUCUUCUCUUGACGCCUGUGGCGACAAGUAAAGGGGCACUGAGAAAUUCCUCCCCACCACUUCUGAAUCUCGACAAAGAGGAGUCUUCAUCGGCCAGUGAGGAUUUCGACGAAGAAAUGGAGGAGGAUGAGAACGAUGGGGGCUCGAUAUCCGAUGAAUUGGAAGGAGAGGCAUCAGAAGAAUUGGAAGCCCCAGUCGAAAGAGAUGAGUUAGUUUCAGGAGAAUGCGAUGGAACUUCUAGCGAUAACGGCACAUUCUAGAGUCUUUAUUGAUGAAAAGUACACCACAACUGUGUAGAUUUACAGGUAACGUGUCAUUUAAGACACAUGAGCAGCAAAAAGUGCAACAAAAUGGCUGAA